AUGGCUCGCAGUCGAAGCAGGAGUCGGGAGCGUCGUCGGCGUUCGCGUUCUCGUUCUGGAGAAAGGAAGCCCCGUGACCGAAGUCGAGAGCGAGACAGAGAUCGUGAGGAUCGGGGAAAAAGACGUUACAGCAGAGAAAGAAGAAGCAGGAGCAGAAGUCCUUAUGAAAGACGACGUAGUCGAAGCAGAGAUCGGCGAGGCAGGGAUCGUGACGAUGGCAGGCGAGGUAGAGACAGUCGCAGUCCUCAUGACCGGAAAAGACGCGAUGACAGGAGAGCACAAGCACCAAUCUCUCUUGAUCAGAUAGCGAAUUGUGAACAGGACGUUUCAGCUUUGAUGGGUUUUGAAGGUUUCAACACCACAAAGAACAGAAAGGUGGCAGGCAAUUACGAAGGUGCCGUGAAGAUCAACAAGCCUCGUCGUUACCGUCAGUACAUGAACAGAAAGGGGAGCGUAAUCUCCGUAGAUUGUGGAGAAUUUGGUUAUUAUCAGGGACGUCUUAUUUCCCUGGAUGCUGAAUCAAAGGACAUUGUGCUGGCAUCCGCUUUCAAGGAGGGGAUCCCUUUGGGCAAAAAUUUAACAUUGAACGGCUCACAGAUCGUAAGCUUGAAAGUCUUGAAACCUGCUCAACCAUCUGAAGAUCAACAAACGGCUUCCACUUCUGACACUCAACUAGAGAAGAAAGAACGUUCAAAAAAGGCAAACGGAACAGAGCAAAAUGGUGUUGUACACAGAAGCAAAAGCACUAUUGAAUUUACCACUGAAGGAAAUACGAAUAAUGAGCACAAAAGAAGCGGUAGACAAGCACGUCCACUAGCUGCAGUUCAAAAUAAAUCACGGAACGCGCCGGUUCUCAGAAAAACAAGUUCAAUUAGUUCUACUAGCGAAGAUGGGCAAUGUGUGCCAGUUGUGGAUCGCAUACCAAAAGAAAGAACAAGGAAUCGAAAAAUUCGUAGAUCGGAGUCUGAACAUACUCAUAGCCAAGCUUUAUGUUUAUCUGAAACUCCUCAGUUUCGUCGCUUUGGUCCGCAAGUUCCUCUCCCCAGAGAAGUCUUAGCUGCAAAAGUGAAAAGUAGAGGAAAACCCAAAGGACCUAGUGGUGAUCCAUUGUUGGAUUCGCGAAAGCUGCGUGGAAAAAUAGCGAAUGGGAACGAUGAACUGGUCAAACCGAUCGAUUUCGAUUUGUUAAAUACAGAUUUUGACUUUGCAGCCAAUCUGGAACAGUUUAAACGUGAGGAUGUGGAUGAUGAGUACUAUCAAACUAUGGAGAAACCGAAAAUGUCCCAAAAUUUUGCUCAUUAUGAGAACAUUGUCGAUGAUCCUACAAGAUGUACGUCAUGGACUAACGUGCUUGGUACGAAUAAAAUAGUUGCAGGUUCAGCGCGUUUCAGUGCCAGCAGUAAAUCUCCAUCAGAAAGACGAUCUCCUCCAGUUCGAUCCAUUUCUUUUUGUCCAAGCGGCUAUGAGACAACCUACGAUGGCUUUCCUCUUCCCAUACUCGAUGCUGCCCUCAAGAAGAAAUAUUUGCAGGAAUGCUGUUCAACUAUGGGUUCUGAUGUAUAUUUUCAUUUAGUUGCCGAUAGGUUAAUUAUGUGGCUAAUAGAUGUAGUAGGAAGGAAUGACAUGUUGCUUGAAAACGUGAUCGUUUUGGCUUCGGCGACUAGUCCAUUACGUCUUAUCGAUCGUUUUCUGUCUCAUCUAGAAAAUAGAGGCUGCUCAACCACCGUCUACGGCAAGUUUCCAAGUCUGGACUUUGGUUCGGUCACUAUUGUAGACCAUGUUUCAGCACUGCCAACAACUUCAAAAGUAGUUGUUGUUCUAGCCGACGAUUUGACAGCUGAAGCGCAGACAUGGCUUUCUAAACAGAAAAGUGCGCACAUAAUUUCUCUUGAAUGCGUCCCAAGCCUGAUAGACCAUCAAAAACUUCACAUUCUCAUGUUGGGAGUUUUAACAUCUGGACUUUAUUCUUCUUCUGCAAGUGCUCAACCACAACUGGGAAAAACGAGUUUUGCCCAAUUAUGUGCUGCCAUCAAGUCCAGCAAAUUCAUUGAUUCUGCUGUAUGCGAUGUCGGUGCGCCAUUUUCUUGGAUUGCUGAGGAUGGGAAAGCAAACCUUCAACAAGCUUUUUCAACUACCUUGAUACGGCGUCUCUGUUAA